GGAGCGGAAAGCUGCCAGCCUCUUCCGGAGUGGGAGCUGAAACUGCCGGAGAAAAAUGACCAUGGCCUGUGGCGCUCUGGCGGAGGAGCUGGAUGCCGUGCUGAGCGGGAGAGGUUGGGAGGUGCAGGAGAGGUACGACUCUGCCCCUGUGCCUGCGCACCCUGUCAGAGUGCGGAAGACCGCCUGCUACAUCGUCUUGGCUGUCCUGCUCAAUGACCAGAACGAGGUGCUGAUGAUGCAGGAGGCCAAGCACGAGUGCUAUGGGACGUGGUACCUGCCUGCCGGGAGGAUGGAGCCCAACGAGACCAUCCUGGAGGCCAUGAAGAGGGAGGUGAAGGAGGAGACAGGGCUGGAGUGCGAGCCCCUCACUCUGCUGGCAGUGGAAGAGAGAGGCCCCAUCUGGAUUCGCUUUGUCUUCCUUGCUCGGCCAACUGGCGGGACCUUGAAGGCGCCCCAGGAUGCAGAUGCUGAAUCCCUCCAAGCCAGGUGGUGGGACAGAGAAUCUCCUGCCCUUCCUCUGCGAGCUCGGGACAUCCUGCCCCUUAUGGACCUCGCUGUGCGAUAUCGAGACAGCCCGUCCCACCCAAUGACCUUGCCGGAGGAGAUGCCCUGUGCCUUGAUCUGCCAGAGGCUCCUGGCUACGUUCACCAAUGGUGCCGGUGACUUGUGGGUGCUGCUGAGUGCUGUAGGGCCCCCGCACCUGCCGGUGUCUGCCCGCACCACCUCCCCCUGCAAAAUCCAAAACAGCAUCCAGGCGGCAGCGUGCAGGCUGCUGAAGGAAUGCUGCCUGCUACCCCAAGUGACUGUCCGGGCCCACGGGGUCCUGGGGCUGCAGCACCUGGGCAAGAAUGCAGGGAAAUCUGACGGCGUUUGCUUCAACGUGCUGCUGACGGUUACGCAGGGUGGCCAGAGCACCCAGGAGACGCCACCAGAGCUGCACGGUGAGAGCUUCCAGUGGUGGAAGAUCGAGGAGAGCAACUUGAGAAGUAGAAUCCUCCAGCGGCUCAGCUCAUCAUCUGUUGUUCCAAUUCACAGCUACUGACACAGGUCCCAUUGAAGCUUGGAUUCAGAGACCUCUCCCUGGGCAUGGGACACGCUCCACUCCGUUACAUCCAUUGGCUGUCCCCAUGCAGCCAUCCCGAGGAUGAUGCAUGGCUUCCCCGCAGGGCACGUCCUACCCAGCCGCUGCCACCCGCAGACCCAUUUCCCCUGCACGGUUAUGGAAGGGUGAGUGGAACCCCCUCACUACAUCCAGCUAAGGGGGGCACGCAGCACCACGAUGGGGGGGUGACUUUUCGGGACUUGACCUGAAGUGGCCUUUGGGCAGACUGCAGCUCCUAAAGCUGAAGUUCCAGCGUCCGGGGCUCUUCCCUUCCAUGGUACCGCAUGUCCCCGACGCGGGACGCAGAGAGCCGGCCAAGGCAGCUUGUUUACAGCUGGAGCUUGGAAAUAAAAAGGGCCGUUCCUCUGUAGUGUUGAAUGUUGUUCCUUGCUGGGAUUAAAGCAGGGCUCUGUUUGGAAGCAUAAUGCAAAGUUUAUUAGACAUUGCAAAUGUGAUGUGGAGAAUGAGUCAGUCAGGCCCGCUGGGCUCGGUUGGAAGGCAGCAGCGCAUUCCUGUUUCUUUUGCUCCCUGCUCUGGGGACGGGGCUAAGAACAUGGUGCCCUCCCAUGCAAAGUACUUUCCGUACAGCCAAGCCUCAUACCCCAGGAAGGCUGAUAGCAUUCCCAUGUUAUGGUUGGGGAAACUAAGGCACAAAGAAGGAAGUGACUUGCUUAAACUCACACAGCUGGUCAGUGGCAGAGCUGGGAAUACAACUCAGGAGUUCCACUUCUCGGUCCUGGGUGGAUCUGCUCUGACCUGGAUGGAGCCUGAAGUUUGCUGGACGCUGUAGAGCUUUUAGCUUCACAGCUGGGCAAGCUGCUCUCAUUUUUGUAUAGGGAACCAGAGGCCUCCCUCUGCAGCAUGGCCUGAAAGGGGGUUGUUGGACUGUCACGUUUCAUGUGAAAUAAGCUAUUGGCGGUGGGAGUAGCCCACUGCAGGAGCAAAUGUUCCAGCAGCUCUCUGGUCAGCGUGAGGUUUUGCUCGGAACCAUAACGUACAUGUCUUUGUAAAUCAUGCACCCAUCUCUAGAGGAGCCCUCAUGCCGCAGGGGACGGCAGGUUCUGCUGGUCUCCAAAACAUGCCUUGAAAGCCACGGUCCUGGUUCCACUUACUGCCUGAGCCCUUAUCAGACACUGAGAACCGCACUCUGCCUAGCAACAUAGGAGUGGUUAGCUUUCUCGCCCCAAACUCCCCUUCAGCCGCAGAAAGCACAGGGCCUAUCAGCUGCCUUGGCAGUUCCACAGGGGACGGAGAGAACCAUG